UCCACAGCCACGACACCGUUGUCGAGUUGACAUUUUCCCCCGUCCACCACCACCGCUGGUACGUGGUCUCUUAUCUACGGGAAAGCGAGUUCGUUCAACUUAUUCCAUCAUGUUUCCUUUUCCAGACCGCUCAGAGACCCCAGUACGGCCUCUGACCUUCACUUCAGCUGCCACUCUCAAUCACGACGAGAGGACACACAUAUCACCCAAGAUGCUACAACAGAUACAACACCCUCAGGCGUCCUCCUCGAAACUGGCUUUGGGCGAGACCACCGAAAUCGAAUUAACACGCGACCUGAUCCCGGAAUCCGACAUCGCAGAUCAGUACUACGACAAUAUUCUAUCACCCGACAAUCAAAACUCAUCAGCGGUCGAUGCACCCGAGUCAUCUCCUCCACGCCCUGGUAGUCGCUUGGACUUUAAUGUUCAAGAGGAGAUCAACGAAGUCGAAGCGGAGGCUCCUGUGCUUAGUCCAAAGCCACCGCGGUUCGAAUGGACCAAGAGUCUAUUUCAAAAGAUUGGAAUACAUCGCGGCUCUUCUUCUGAGAAGACUAGACACAAACGUCCCGAAAUCCGGCCAUCCCAUCAGGAUCCUCUACAUCCUUCUUCGUUCCCUUCCCCGUCCCCCUCUACGUCUGCCUCACACUCUGUCGAAACACGAGCACAUAGUAGUUUGAUUGACGACAUUAGAUUUACAUUAUGUGCCUCUGACGAAGACGCGGAAGCAACGGAUGGAGAGACCAGUGAUGAAGAAUCCGAGAUUGAUCUUGAUUCCUUGUCCCUAUCUGACUUUGACUUGCAAGACCCUGAUGUACGGCCAUCAUCUGUUACUGAGGCGACCAUUGGAGACUCAAUCAAUCCUUCCGUCCCGUUUAUUUCUCCCCUUCCAUCGUCUGAUUUGGACGAAUCUGUCAUGACUUCCCCAUUCCCUGAUUCUGAACACCACCCUAAAGCCAUCUCAUCAUACCUACCUUCCUGUCUCUCUCCUAGAUUUCUUUCGAAAGCUCGCUCCCGUGUUACUUCCCUACCCCCUCAGCGGCAUAAUUAUGAAAACAGGGGACAUUCUCGGCACGCCCUCAUGCACCUCAAAUGGUUUUGGGCCACACGGGAAGAAGAAUGGGCUGAGUUUGAGAAUGCCACACGGGCUUAUGGUGGUAUUUCCUCAUCGCCAGAGCUACCCGCUUCGUCUUUUGCUUCCAGGUUCCCGAAGCUCUUUGCAAGCGCUAGGACUAGGCUGCCCAAUCGGGACGCGGAAAUCCCGAGCUCACCAUUGAUGUCUAUGCCUCCGAUGACUAUACAUCCGAGGUGGGGUGACCUCUCUGGACUGAAAGAUUCGUGGUGUGUUCAUAUGGAUAGGUACUUUGUGGAAGUACCUAUCUGGAGAAUUAGAAAAUCACUGUGGACGGCCGAUUUGCAGGUUAUGAGUAUGGUGCACAAACGACGGCGAGGAGAAAGCGAAGAGUCUGGUUGUGAGGAGGAUGACGCAGACACAGAGUCCCUGAUGCACAUGUCAAUGUUGACAGGACUCAGUGACGAUUCAGAUUUGACAUUGGUGGAGAGUGACUGCGAGGAGGAAGCUGCAACCACUCAACUGGCCUCUGUCGGUGAGAGUGUUGAGGCUGUGGCGAGUGGAAAGGAGAAGGACAAAUCGUUUUAUAACGAUGACGACGAGGAACAGGACGAAUACUUUGAGGACGUCGACCUCGACAGCCCGUCUAGUUCGUCGUCAGUGGGAGCAUCAUCUUCUACGUGUCGUUACGUGUCUUCAUCCAGCAAAUCAUCUCUCACAUCUUGUUUUGAAAACCCUGCCGUCCUCCCUUCACAACCAACAUUCAGUUUUCAACCACCGUACUCUCCCUAUUGUUCGACGCCAAAUUUGCUGCAGGGUUUGGGACAUCCAUGGGCAACGAGUUGGUACCACAGGUCGCAACUUCUGUUGCAGUUGUUGGCCAAUAGCGCCGAGCAUGAGAAGCAGCCAUCAGGCCUCAGUUCCGACAUAGAAUACGAAAAAAACCAUCAACGGAGUUUCACGUAUGAAGACCUCUACCCGGGAGCCCUGGAAAAAUCCACAUCGUCCAGGUCUCGGACUGUGUCAGUAUGAUGCUCCCUCAUUAGACCUACCUCCUCUUGAAUCAUAGUUUUGUAUCGUUAUCGAGCAACCCGUUACUUUCGGCCGCUGAUUCCUUAUGGCACCUCCAUUUCUUCACCUAUGCAUCAUUUUUUUUAUGACCGACAUCCAACAUUUAUCAUGUCACCUAUCUUGGUGCCUCAUCACACUCUCAGAUAUCCCCCAUUCGCUUCAUCCUCGCAUUCACAUAACAUACUUGCCGUACAUCUUAUUAGUUUUACCUCACCCCACUUCUCUCUACCCUCCCUACCCUUACUUCCUCCCCUCUCAUUGCUUCUUGUCCAGGUCGUCGUUACUUUGUUUUGUCUUUCUCAUACCACUACAUGGACUACCUCCACUAUCCUCUAGCUAAUAUAUUCCAUUAUUACUAUCAUCGUACUGUAUCGCACCGGUAUUAGGCUGCAUAAGGGUAUCAGACACACUAUGUAUCAAACCUGAUGACUUCAUGACCUUUUUCCCUC